AUGAAUAAAGCGCUUGAUAAUCACUUGACUGCUGUCCAGAGGGACCAUGAAUACAGAUCCCAAAUCGAAGAAAGGAAAAUAAGAGAUGAUGCAGCUCUGGAAGAGGCUAAAAAAAAGGAAAAGACUCUUCAAGAAGAAAAGUUGCGCCAAGAAAAAAUUAACGCAGAAGCAGAGGUUAGUUUACUUGGGUUCGUAGUUUUUUGGUUUUUUUUGUUUAUGGAAAAUAAGAGAUGA